UAAACAUAGUAAGCAUGGUGUAUGGCUAACCAGUGUGGGAACAAACAAGGAGAGGUUCAAAGGCACGGACAAAUCUAGUCUCCAAAACUAUUCUGGGAACCUGGAAUGUACGCAGCAACCUCAAGCUCUUAACAUGAUCACUCAAUGAAGCUUUCUCUAUGUCCAUGUCCAUCUACUAUCUGUUAUCUGUUAUCUUCAUUUGCUAAGAGUUACAUACAGUAUGAGAGAACUGUUAUACAUAGGGUGCGAAUGAAGCAGAACCACAACUGAUUUUGAGGAGAUCCUUUUGGACAGACAAGAAUGGCCUAUUCUUCCAUUGAGCACCUUCCAUUCAAAGACCAGGAACUCCCAGCCCAAAUGUUGUGCCAGCUAAACUGCCUCAGGCAUGAGAAGAUCUUCACUGACAUGCUCCUCUGCACUGAAGAUCUGGAGAUCCCAUGCCACAGGAACGUUCUUGUCUCUAGCAGUCCUUACUUCCAUGCCAUGUUUUGCAGCAACUUCCGUGAGAGCAGCCAGACUAGGGUGGACUUGAAAGGCAUCAGCUCUGAGAUUUUGAGCGGUAUUGUAGACUACAUUUACACUGGAAUCAUUAAUAUAAGCAUGGAAAUAGUGCUGCCUCUGAUGCAAGCUGCAUCCAUGCUGCAGUACACAAGGCUUUUUGAGGCUUGCUCAGCCUUUUUGCAGGAGCAGCUGAACCCGGACAAUUGCCUGAGCAUGAUUCGCCUCUCAGAGAUCCUGCACUGUGACAGCUUGAGAGAGAGAGCAAAGGAAAUGGCUGUGCGCUGUUUCUCAGACGUUGCCGCCUCAGAGGACUUUUGCGAGCUCUCACUGCCUGAACUCAUGUGCUAUCUGGAGGAUGACCGGCUUUGCGCUGAGGAAGAACAGGUGUUCGAAACACUCUUGGCCUGGAUCCACCAUGAUCCUUUUUCUCGGCGGGGUGCUAUCCAUGAUCUCUUUAAGAAGGUGCGCUUGCGGUACAUCCAUCCAACAUACCUCUUCCAAUUCAUAGCCAAUGAUCCUCUCGUUCAGUCCUCCACCCUUUGCACAGAGAUCAUUGAGUCAGUGAGGCGGCUGAUGUUUUCUGUUAGUGCCAAAUGCACACGUGAGCUAAAGCCUCUCUGGACCACACCUAGACGUUACACGUGCCAGGAGACUUUAGUUGUUGUAGGGGGCCGUAAAAACAAUGAGCAGACAUCUCGAGAGGCGCUGCUCUAUGAUGAGCGUACUCAGCGCUGGCAGUGGCUGGCCAAGUUGCCCUUGCGCUUAUACAAGGCUGCUUAUGUCUGCAUACACAGUAUUCUGUAUGUCGUUGGAGGUCUCAGCCUCAGCAUGGCAUCAGGAGACAGCACAGUCAGUGCCACGGUCUACACCCUCUCACUUAAAACCAACCAGUGGAGGACAGCAGAACCCAUGCUUGAACCGCGUUAUGCCCAUCAGAGUGUGUCUUACCUGCACUUUAUCUUUGUUCUUGGAGGCAUAGGGGCAGAUAAACAAAUCUCUAACACAAUAGAGCGCUACAACAGCAUGUUCAACCGGUGGGAACCUAUGGCCCCAAUGCCCACAGCAGCGCUCCAUCCUGCAGUGGCUGCCAAUGAUCAGAGAAUCUAUGUAUUUGGAGGGGAGGAUUCCAUGCAGAAUCCAGUUAGAUUGAUACAGGUUUAUCACAUAUCACGUAACCAGUGGUUGAGAAUGGAGACGAGGACAGUAAAAAAUGUAUGUGCACCCGCCGCUGUCAUAGAAGAUAAGAUUUAUAUCAUUGGAGGGUACACAAGAAGGAUGAUCGCUUAUGACACCAAAGCCAACAAGUUUGUUAAAUGUGAGAACAUGAGGGAAAGGAGGAUGCAUCACUCAGCUACUGUGAUUAACAACAAGCUCUACGUGACAGGAGGACGCUUCCUCAACAACCACGACGUCAUUGAGGAUUCUGACUGCUUCGAGUGCUAUGACCCUAAAACCGAUGUCUGGACAUCUAAAGGGUCUUUACCAUACAAGCUGUUUGACCACGGGUCUCUGGCCCUGGUCUGCGUUUCCAAUCGACACAAUCCACCAUGACUAAUGCAAUUGGACCAAUCUAAUACUUGGGUAUUUUGUUGGCUCCCCUGUCCAAGAAAUAUUUCAUUUACAGGACCAUAUAUGAGACUCUCAAACAUAUCUGAAAUUCUCAUUUGUGGCUUUGAUGGUAUGAAGUGUCUUCAGUCAAAGAAUAUUUGACUAGUUAAGUGGAGGUUUUUGCUAUGGAGUCCAAGGAGUGUGCUCAGGAGCCCAGAUCACAGCAUCAGUUGUCUCCGCAAACCAUGUGACCCAAUAUCGCUCAUUCACAAGCUUUCUAUCACAUUCUUACCAACUCAGAGGGCUUGAAUCACCACAGUCAUUGUCAGUAUACUCCAGAUAAACAUUUAGAAUCCAAAACCACUGGAAGUAUCACUGUGGAAAACACAAUUUUCUUAGCACAUUGUAGCAUACCGUAAUACCAAUCAGCAGCCCAUUUAAAGUCACUAUGUGACAACACAUUCCUUGUGCUAUAAAGGGAGAAUCAAGAGCAGCUCAAUUACUGACAGUUUGUUAUGUCGCCCUCUGUUUGAAAAAGAGAAACUGCUGUUGCGCUGCACUUGCGUUUACUUGCAUGCCUUCAGUUGAUGGGAAAACUCUUUGUUUACUUAAGAAGAAGACCUUGUCUUCUGGGUUCAAUGCAAAAAAAAAGCACUAGACCGUAGUUCUGUGAAGACGUGAAGACAUUUACAGUAUUUGAUAUGACUUGAAUUUUGUUUUUUAGUGCUGCUUUUGAUAAUAAAAUGGUUAUUGCAUGUCCAGAAACCUGUAAGUGCAAAUAUCUGUUGUGUAGCAAUGAAGUAAGAAAUAGAUUAUUGAUCUAUACAAAAAGGUCAUUUAUUGUAUUAUAUACAGCCUUAUAUAAGUUCAACUUAUUCCUGUUCUCUGUGAGGAUUUUAGUCAAGGCAAUAAUAUUCAAAUUGUUAAUUAUAAUAUUAAUGGCUAAACAAGACAAAAUACACAAUCUACACAGCUAAUGUCAAGCUGAACGUCAGUUCUGACCUUAGCUCCAGGCAUUUGAAUAUUUCUCAUAUAGCGCAGCUAGUGUUUGUGUGAUUGUUGCAAAUUUCUAUGCAAAUACAUUGUACUGCAAAUUUUCUAUCCGUUACUGAGUCAGAUGCAUGAAAACAAAUUAGUGUUGUGCCUGCUUACACUGACACAAAUGUCAUUCCUGAGUUAAAUGAUCAUUCAAAUGAAAUUGCUUUAAGAAAAGACAGAGCUGUGACCUGACAGAAGUGCAGACACUUUAGUAUUGACAGUUAUGCAAUUUUAACACAUCAGAGUAUUACUGUAAGUGACAUAUGCUGUAUUACAUUUCUGCUCAACGCCUAAUGUGCUGGCUGACUCAUGUUUCCAGCACUGUAAUAGAACCAGGCGCGACUAUGGAGGUGGUUACUCAGGACAUGAACACAUUUAAUGACAUAUUGCAGCCAUUACGUACCAGCGUCAGAACUUAAGUAUAGUUGAGCAUAAUUUGCAGUAUAAAGGGUACAUCAUAUGCGUUCUUUCUUGUUGCUGUGUUGUUGUUUUUUUAUACCUAAAUACAUGUAUGUAAUUUUCACCUGGAAAUGUUGCUAUACCGUAGUGUACCUGUGAAAUUAUUUUUGUACCAUAAUUCCCUAUAUGCAUCUUUAUAGUUAAAAGAUAUAUAAUAAUACCGGUAUAAAUGGUGACUGCUUGAGUAUACGACCCAAGUAACAAGAAGAAGGUUUAGUACCCAUUGUUCCUGAUAGUGUACAGCAAUGUAAAUUCAAGUUUAACUUACAUUUAGCCAGGGCUUAAAGUUGUUCAAGCUUUUUUUAUUAGUAGUAGUAGCUCUACUCUGCUACAUCCUCUGCUUUUUUGCAGAUACUUUGAAAUUACCUUAUUGGCCUCGUUCGGGCUUUUCUGAGAUAAAGUUCAUAAUCAUUUAUAUACAUUUGUAUACUUAUUUUAUUUGAGAGCAGGUAAAAAUUUCCGGAGGCUUUUGAAGCAUGAACGGAACCAGCAGGAGUCACCUAAUGGACAAAUGUUUAUUCAUAGUGCUACACUUCCCUCAGAUGAAAUGACACAGCACAGGAUGCUUCAAAUUACUCCUCAGAUUGCAUUCUCAAACCUUUGGCCUGCUUUUCAGAUCGCAUGAAAGAUAAAGUAUUCGAUGAACUGUUUUGUAAACGUGGAAAAAGUGCAAAUCUCUCUGUCUCUCUCUCUCACACACACACACACACACACACAAUACAACCUCAAAGCAUCCCCAUUAAAAACUAGCCGUUCUACAACACCUGAUUCACUGUUUUUAUUUUAUGUGUAAGAAGAAAUAAAACACUGUCCUUCGGAUGGAUCUGAUCUACAUAAACCUUUUUAUAAACUAUUUCUCUGUAUUCUAUA